AUGGACUGCCACCCGGUAGCUGAUUCUCCUGAAGUACUUCACAAUUUCCUUCCUUUCUUUCGCAUAUUCAAAGAUGGCAGCGUCGAAAAAUUCCUUCAAACUCCCUUCAUCCCUCCGUCAGAUGAUCCCAAUGCCAUAUCUGGUGGCGUCCGAUCAAAAGACGUCUUCAUUUCACCCGAAAACAAAGUAGGAGCACGCCUGUUUCUUCCCAGAACAAUCAAAGCCGACGAGAAACAGAAACUUCCCCUCCUCAUCUACUUCCACGGCGGUGCAUUCGUCAUAGAAUCAGCAUUCUCUGUUCAGUACCAUAACUACCUCAGCUCCCUCGUGGCCGAGGCCAAUAUCAUUGCCGUGUCCGUCGAAUACAGGCUGGCCCCGGAGCGCCCCAUGCCCGCAUGCUUCGAUGAUUCUUGGACUAUGAUCAAUUGGGUGACAUCUCAUGCCAAAACGAGACAAGGACCUGAAUCAUGGAUCAAUAAUCACGCUGACUUCACUAAGGUUUUCUUCGCCGGUGACAGCGCUGGAGCUAAUAUUGCCCAUAACAUGGCAGCUAAAGCAAGCCAACAUAGCUUGGGAGAUGGUGUGAAGCUUCUGGGGCUGAUUUUGAUGCAUCCCUCUUUUGGAAAUGGACAGCCUCACAAACUCUGGGAGCUCAUCUGUCCUGAUCUCAACGGAUGGGAUGAUCCAAGGCUGCAUCCGAUGGCUCAUCGGAGUUUGUUAUCGAGCCUUGUUUGCAGCAAGAUUCUGGUUUGCAUAUCGGAGAAAGAUUCUCUCAGAGAGAGAGGUUGGCUUUACUAUGAGGCCCUGAAGAACAGUGGAUGGGAAGGUGAGUUGGACUUUUUGGAGAUUGAAGAUGAGGGUCAUGUUUUUCACCUGUUGAAUCCAAAUUGUGAUAAUGCCAAAAUCUUGAUGAAAAGGGUGGAUUCAUUUUUAAGAGCAUAG